AUGAACCGUGAGUUGAAACUGACGCCAGGUGUGUCCGCCCGACGCUCUGCCUGCGAUCGCUGUCGGGGCCAGAAGCUUCGGUGUCUGCGCGAGGGUCGGGACCCAAACAGUUGCUGCGAUAGGUGUGCCAAAGCCGAUGCACAGUGUAUCACGAGUCCGAUCUAUCGCUACUGUGCGCCGAGUUACCCAACGGAGGACGAUGCGGUCUCACGAAAACGCCGCCGUCCAGAUAAUCCAGAUCCGGGUCGGUCAAACUCUAGCUCCACCUCAAGAGCCCAGUCCACCCAGUCGGCUGCCAGUGAAUGGCCACGAGCCGAGAUUCGCUUCACCGAAACGACCGUCAUGGAUACCUUCGCGGGAGAUUUUCUCCACUUCACAAGCGGUGAUUCACCUGACUUCACAAGGCGGAAGUCCGUGAUUGAUGCCGUCCCGUUACCCCCACCUGGCAUGACCCCUGGCCCGUGGGCGGCCGGGGAUCUCAGUCCGGACCAACUAUUUCCAAACAUUGAGGACUUUGCUGGCUUCGGUGUGGAUCCACAUGUACCGCCCAAUUCUACAGACCCCUUGCAGACCUCGUAUCAACUCGAUCCGGCCGGUCCGAUCCAAGACUCGGUGCGAGAUCAGUCGAUGCAAGAUCCCGGCCCAGCACCCGAACAUGUCACCAGGGAUUCGUACAUGGAACAGUUGUCCAAAAUCAAUCACGUAUUGGUUGUCCAGCUUAACCGCGUGGCCAAGGCGCCGCCCGAUAUGAACCUCAAAAUACUCAUAUCCCCAUCGUGUGAGACUGCUAUUAUGUCGACUACAACGCCUCUGGAGGAUAUAUUGAAUAUCACGCGUCAAUUUCUGGAAACACUAGAGGCCAUUGCUCGCUUGUACGCGUCUACAACAUCUAGAGUGUCGAAUCCCUCUGAGAGACAUGGUUUUGCCCAUAUAUCGACACGAGAACAUGGUAGCACGCCGUGCACCUCGUCGGAAGAUAGUCAGGCAACCAGUUUGCCGUCUGUGUCGUCGGAUAUCUGCAUGUCUUCGGCUGCAGCCAAACCAGACUCUGCCGCUCGCUUGUUGAUUCUUAUGUGUUACGUUCACACAUUGAGACUGCAUGUUGCGCUUUUCUCUCAUAUUCACGAAUUCCUCCUCAGGAUCUCUGAGAGCGAGGACCGUUUGAUACACCCUCUUCCUGGACUUUACGGCUUCAGCAACUUUCCUUUGCAGUCCGGCAACCUCCAGGCUAACAUGAUUAUUCAGCUUGUCACUACCAUGUUUGAAAGAAUGGAGGCAUUGCUCGGGUUGCCUCGGGCAAUUCGCAUCGGCACACGCCAGGAGGACUGUGGAGGGCUACUGGCGGACGAAGGGUUCCUCGAAAUCGCUCAGGCAAUAAUCAGAAAAGAGGAAGAAGAUUUCCGCUAUUGUCCUUGUUCUAUCGUUCUAGAAGCAGUAGCUGGAGCCAUGACUCUGGGUCCACUGGUCUUGGUUGCGGCUCGGUAUUUGGGGCGUGGCGCACUCUCCCUCCACAACCUCUAG